CUCUGCCUCCGUCACUCUCAGCCGUCGGCGGGGGCUGCGAGGCGCUUUUACUGCAGCUGGACACGGCUGAGCUCACGGAGACGCCGGGGCGACGCAAGAGGACCAGCGCAUCAGUACCAAACUAUUGCAUUCGGGACAUCACCUCGAUAUCUCUACAUUAAAGCCGUGAGGACGUUAAACUUUACCCACAAAAACAUAUCCUGGCUGGAGGGAAAAGAGGCUUAUUCCGUAAUAUAAACUUUUGACUUUUUAACAUAUGUAUAUAUGAUCAUUUUAUUCUAAAUGCUUUGCUUGUAAUUAUUCCUCAUUGUAAGAAAAUUAAUCUCGAUCCGCUCCCUCUUAUAAUUUGCAGAUAUUCCAGGUUUUAUCUAGCCUAUUUUACGAGGGUUAUAUAAGUCUCAGACUUCGCCGACAAACAGGACAGCUCAUGAUCCUAAAUAGUUCGGUUUGGAAACGCAUCUUUGGGAUUGUGGACUAUAUCUUUGCGGAAAGAUAAUCUAAAACGGCUCGUCAAUUACUUGUAUUUUUUUUUUUGCAAUUUGAAGAACAGAAACGACAUAAGCAUCCACAUCGUUUGGGAUUGUUUGUAUUUAAUUGCGCACUUCAGAAUGGACGUUGUGGGGAUUUACCUGUUUCAGCUGAUCUUCAUUGCUUCUCUUGCUGGCAUCCUGCAGGUGGCGCUAUCCGCAGGUCAGGACUGCCUGCAAGCGGGUGACAGCUGCUCCAGCGACGAGGCGUGCAGUCCCCGGCUGCGGACCCUGCGGCAGUGCGUGGCAGGCGAUGGCAGCGUGAAGCUGGGCCCCGGCGCACGGAACCAGUGCGCCAAUGCAGUGUCGGCUCUGCUCUCCAGCCCGCUGCACGGCUGCCAGUGCAAGCGAGGCAUGAAACGCGAGAAGAACUGCCUGAGCAUCUACUGGAGCCUGCACCAGUCCAUCCUGCACGGACUCAACUUGGUGGAGAGCUACCCAUAUGAAGCAGUCGAGAAAGGGUACGAGUACGUGCGUCUGGCCUCCAUCGCUGCUGGCUCGGAAGUUGGAGUGGCGACAGUGAAUCGCUGCCUGGAUGCAGCGAAGGCCUGCAAUGUGGACGAGACAUGCCAGAAGCUGCGUACGGAAUACGUAUCGGCGUGCAUCAAGCCGGCUGGCCGCGUGGCUCACUGCAACCGGCCCAAGUGUCACAAGGCGCUGCGCAAGUUCUUCGACCGCGUGCCGCCAGAGUACACGCACGAGCUGUUGUUCUGCCCCUGCACGGACACGGCCUGCGCAGAGCGCCGCCGGCAGACCGUGGUGCCAGCCUGCUCCUACGAGGCCAAGGAGAAGCCCAACUGUCUGGCUCAGCUGCGCGCCUGCAAAGCCGACUAUGUCUGCAGGUCCCGCCUGGCACAGUUCCAAUACGACUGCCAACCCUCUGAGCAGACGGCCAGCGGCUGCAAGCAGGACAACUACGGAGUCUGUCUGCUGGCCUACACAGGCAUGAUCGGCAGCACCAUCACUCCCAACUACAUAGACAACUCCACAUCCAACGUGUCCCCGUGGUGCUCCUGUGCGGCCAGUGGCAACCAGCGAGAGCAGUGCGCCGAGUUCCUGGAUUACUUCACGGACAACGUCUGUCUCAAAAAUGCUAUUUUGGCAUUUGGGAAUGGGACAGACCUGAGCUCCACUCCCACCCAAUCGGGGCAGCCCAGCACGGUGCCGGAUAGUGACGAUCCAGGCGCCGCUCCUCCCGUCGUCAUGGUGACCGACCGAAGCAUCCUGAGUGCCAUGAUACCCACACAGGCCAUGGAGAAGGACAAGCUGUGGGGUGACCCCACCCUGCCGGCGGCCCCCAUCCCCCCCAGCCGCAGCGAUGUCGACGUGCUGUCAGCUUCCUGGACUGGACUUUUGCUCUCUGUGCUGCUGAGCUACAUCCACUAGAGGGUGCUGUCCUAAUUCAGGGGCCCCAUGAUUGAACUAUGUGGGGCUAGCUGGUGGAGUAUUACUUCUAUGUCAGUGGGGAGAAUGUGGAGCCCACCUCCCUACUGACUACCUACAGUUAUCUCUUUUUUUGUUCUUUAAUCUCAGAGGUCCAGCUGCACUUGUGAUUCCUUGAGAGAUGUGUACAAAAGCUUGCUCUGUGUAUAGCCUGUCUAUGGGAGCAGAUGUGCAAGCUGGCGUAAUGCCAGGUGUAAAAUGUGUGUCUCACUCUCCGUUUUGAAGAAGUGGACUCCCUGUCAGAACAUUCCUAAAUGUUUCAGUUAAGCAGACUAUCUCAGAGCUACCACCUCUGGAUGCUCUGGCUGUAUAGAAAUGGUUCAUGUCAUCUUUUCUCAUGCCCCAUUCCCUGCAGGUGUGUAUGGCAGAAGCGGCUGGAUACUUUGGUCUGUAUUGUUGGGAUGUUUCUUGCUGCCACCUCCACUGGCUGUGAGAUUGGAACUAUAUUUUUGUAAUGAGUGUGCUUCAGUGUGGACAGUUAUUCCCCAGCACCAUGCCAGGAUGAUGUGUGACAUCCCCAUACACUCUGUGUACAUCUACCCUCAAGGAAGACUGUACCAUUUCAAUUGGAGGAAGAGUACUUUAUCGUUUUGAAAAGAAUGUACAGUACCAUUUAUGAAGAGAUAUGAAUAUGUUGUUCUUCAGCUUGUAACAGUGCCACCUAGAGGGGAACUGAUGGAUGGUGGCAUUUUUCUCCAGGCUGACAGAAUAAAGGAUUUCCCAAUUA